AUGGCGGAAGCUGAGAAGAAGCGAGAUCAAACAUUUUGUCAGGACAAAGACGACGACAAAUACCUCGACCUUGGCCACGACGAGCACGAGUCUCCUCUUCCUCUCACCGUCACUUCUCGUGUAUUGUACAUGUUAGGAGACAUAGCAUCCGGUCCAGCUUAUCGGUUUACCCAAUGGUUGGAUUUAGUUCGUAAACGAAGUGCCACUUACGGAUCCUCCGGCUUCCCUCACCGCCUCCACCGCAUCGAUGAUAUGGUCACCAGUGCAGGAGAGAGGAAUGCUGAUCCAAAAAGCCCACCGAGCAAAGAGACUUCAGAAAUCAGUUUGUGGGAAAGGCUUGGCAAAGCUUCGAUUGUGGAUAUUGAUUCGAGCUGCUUCUCAUGGAGCAUGCUCUCUUCACUUCACCAUACUGAACACAGUAGUAGCACCGAUCAUUCUGAAGAGGACCAGACUAAACCGCUUGAGGUUACUGUGAAUUCUGGGGGAGUUGUUUUCUUUGCCCUGUUCAACCAUUCCAGCUCUGAAGAUGCUUCACGAAAGGAAGAAGCAGCAGCUGUUAUCAAAUUUUCGUCAUCAAGGAUGGCCACGCAAUCAGAACGUCUCGGUUAUGAGUUUGCCAGGUGGCUUGGGGUGCAGAUUCCGCAGGCUAGAGUGAUUCAUAGCUGUAAUCCUGAGUGGACAUUGAUCAAAGAAGCAACUGAGAAAGCACAAGCUAAAGCGGCUUCCGAGGGAGACGAGGUUGGUGAAGUGACUUGCUCAGAACUUCUGGAAGCUCUUGAGCUCAGUCGUUGUCUUCUCCUUAUGAGUUAUGUUCAUGGACCUCCAUUGCUGGAGAGCAUGAGUAGUUUCGAAACCGAAGAGAAAGCAGAGACAGCUGCUGCAGCGUUAGGGAGAAUCUUGGUGUUAGAUCUUGUGAUAAGAAACGAAGACAGGCUCCCUUGUCGUCAGCUGAGAUGGCGUGGCAACCCGGCAAAUCUGUUAUUAACCGACAGAGUCGUGUCAUCCACAACAAAGCAUCUAGAAUGCUCGUUUGAAGAAGCUUUUGAUUCCGCCAUCAAACGGUACCAUCCGAGAGACUACAGAUCCAUUCAAAAGGAAAGAAGAGCUUCUUCUGUAGACAGCAGAUCAAGAUUGAGUGUCAGUGAUCAAAGGUUGGUCUCACAGUCGUCUGAUUUCUCUGAUAUAACUGAAUCUCCUAGAUCGUAUGACGCUGGCUUCAUGAGUCCAAUGUCUGAUGGAUCAGUAGCUCCUGAUUUUCACAUUGUUACUAUUGACUCCGGUGUUCCACGGCGUCCUCCUGCCGGAAAACGAGCAAGCGACCAAGAAAUCUAUCCAAGACUAGUGGAGCUGCUUCUCAACAGCAGCCAGUAUUCUUCAAAUCUGUUGUAUGAAAUCACAGAAGGAAGUUUAGGAUGUGCUCAGGCGGAAGAUGGUGAAGGAACAUCUGUUGCUGUUCGGUCGAAUGUGGUAACGCCGGUUGUACGUGAGUUUCGUAACGGUUUUCGAGCUGGUCUGAGGGAUUUGCAAGACGUUCACAUCUUCCUCGUCACACUUCAUCAGAAGCUAGAUGGGUUGCUACGAGCGUUUUUCAGUAUGAUGGACAAAACAAUGUGCUCGGAUUUCGACAGAGAAGACUUUGCUGUUCCUGAAUCUCCAUCAGAUGUGAAUCAUUAUCCAUCUCCUUCGAAAGAUCGUGUGCCUAGUGAUAACAGCUCUGAGCACAGCGAGUCUGAUAUGCACAACAAAUCAGUUCCUAGGACACCAACUUCUGAUAAUAAAGAAGCCUCGGACGCUUCUUCGCCUAAGUCACGGGAAAGCUGGCAGGGAAGAUACAGUAGAGGUGGAGAAUCUCUUAGCAGUCAGCGUUUGGCAUCGAAGCUCCGAGACUUCCAUAAAUUUGCAAAGGUUGAUGCAGAGUCUAAUAAAGAACUAGACCAGUGGAAUGAAACACUACGGAAUGAAGUAAUGAAACUCUGCCAAGAGAAUGGUUUCAACACUGGCUUUUUUGAAGGAAGUGAUAAUAACAGUUGCACUGAUGCUUAUGAGCUAAAGGUAAGACUUGAGCAUAUUCUUGAGAGGAUAUCAUUGAUUUGCAAAGCUGCUAAUACAGAGAAACCAUCAAUGAUACAAGAUAAUCUUUUUAUCGGAGGAAGUUUGGCUGCACGGUCUGUUCACACUCUUCAGCAUUUAGGUAUUACUCAUGUUCUAUGUUUGUGCGCAAAUGAAAUCGGCCAAUCGGAUACUCAAUACCCUGAUCUCUUCGAGUACCAAAACUUCUGUAUAACUGACGACGAAGACGCAGAGAUCGAGACCAUCUUUCAAGAAGCUCUCGAUUUCAUCAACCAUGGGGAAGAAACUGGCGGCAAGAUUUUAGUUCAUUGCUUUGAAGGUCGGAGUAGAAGUGCAACCGUAGUGCUCGCUUACCUAAUGCUCCGAAAGAACCUCACACUUUUGGAAGCAUGGGGAAAACUGAGGAAAGUUCAUAGACGAGCUCAACCAAACGACGGAUUUGCGAGGAUCUUACAGAACCUGGACAAGAAGUGUCACGGGAAGGUGUCAAUGGAGUGGAGACAGAGGAAACCGACGAUGAAAGUGUGUCCGGUUUGUGGCAAGAACGCGGGUCUGAGCAGCAGCUCUCUGAAGCUUCAUCUCCAGAAGGCUCACAAGAAACUGUCUUCGGGAAGCGUUGACAGUGCAAUGAACAUGGAGAUUCAAAAGGCUUUGGAGGCUCUUAAGCUCAGCACUGGCCGUGGCUCAAGUGUUAGCUCCACUUCUUUUCAGUCUCAUUCUGGUUAG